AUGUCUGGUGCAAAUAAUCAUUUUCACUCGAGUUUGGAUGCUUUGCCACCACAUCCUCCAACUCGUUCUAGCAGUUUACGAACUCGAUCAUCACGAUCGUCUACUACAAAUCGUAUCUUGCAUCAUACAUUGCCUAGUCGAUCUCCAUCAUCAUCAAGAGUUGUACGUCGAAGACGAGAAUCAUCUAUAACAGUUGUAUCAUCACCAUUUUUUCUUUAUGGUAUUCAUGUUAUGCCCAUAGUCAUCUGA